AUGGCAAGCACCACAGAUCGUCUUACUCCUCAUGAGCACAAUCUCUUGGAACAUCCACCUUAUACACUCUCCAUUCCCCGAGACACUCUUAUCGAUCCGAGGCGUAGACAAAACAACGGCCAAGAUUCAAAACCUCCCCGACCGUCUAAUCGUUGGAUUCUUUUUCGUACAAAUUUUGCAAGCAGAUUACGAUCUCACCCUGAAAUUUCAUAUAAUAUUCAAGACGUCUCUAGGAUGGCUUCGAAAGAAUGGCAAAAUCAGCCGAUUUUAGUCAAGCAGUACUUUAACACUCUUGCUAAAUUGGCUCGGCAAUGGCAUAAAAAAGCUUAUCCUGGCUACAAUUACAAGCCAAAAAGGCCAAAGCAAAACAAAAAAAAGAAUUGGUUGUUUAGAGAAGUAAAUAAAGAUAAAUUUACAAAACGCGGGACUGAUGAAAACAAUGCCAAUGAGAAAAAGCAAAAAGAAAGAAGGGCUGGCAAUCAGUUGGAUAACUCUGCGCAACUGAACGAUAAUGAACAACUCCAACCUUUAGACGAAUGUGAACAGCUUCCGGCUUUGGAUGAAUUCCCUCAAUUGAAUGCAUAUGUUUAUUCGAUUGAAUCUGAACCGGUUGAUCCGAUUCUGAAUGGAUAUACACACGCUGACGUGGACGAAUAUGCUCCACCAAAUGAGUACUUUGCAUGUAUUGAUGGACAGCAACAGCAGCAGCACAACUCACUGUAUGGGGUCAGCGAAAGCUUGUGGUAUGGUGUAGUGGAUAACGGAUUCUACGGCGGCGUUUACUCUGAUGGCGGGAAUUUCGCUCGCUAA